AAUGGCUAGUAAUCAAGAAAACUCACAAGAUAGAGAUGCUCCGGAUUCAAAUCCUCCACCUGAAACAUCAUCAAAAGAAGUUGCACGGGGCAUCACCAUUAUGAAGGGAAUCGUUCGAGAUAGAGACAAAGGAUUAAUAUAUAAUUUGGAAUGGAAUUCUAAUAACCAAGCAAUUGGUUCUAAUUCUGCAAAGUUGACAAGCUACAUUGGUACACUUAUUCGUUUGCAUAUUCCAAUCUCCGUACCUAAAUCAAAUCUGAAAAGCAAAGCGUUGGACGAGAAAAAAGAUAUGAUUUGGGACGAGCUUAAGAGGUCUUUUAAUAUACCAGGUGAGCGUAAAAGCUACAUACUUAGUUUGGCCGGAAAAAGAUAUAGAGGGUGAUAAGCUUUUUUAACAAACACCUAUCUUAAGGAUAAAGAUGGAAACUUUCUUGAAGAGGCACCGGGACGGCCAAAAAAAUAUGCUUUAGUUUGAUACAGGUUCAAUGGCUGUGCUUUAGUUUGUUUGAUACAGGUUCAAUGGCUAGUAAUCAAGAAAACUCACAAGAUAGAGAUGCUCCGGAUUCAAAUCCUCCACCUGAUACAUCAUCAAAAGAAGUUGCACGGGGCAUCCCCAUUAUGAAGGGAAUCGUUCGAGAUAGAGACAAAGGAUUAAUAUAUAAUUUGGAAUGGAAUUCUGAUAACCAAGCAAUUGGUUCUAAUUCUGCAAAGUUGACAAGCUACAUUGGUACACUUAUUCGUUUGCAUAUUCCAAUCUCCGUACCUAAAUGGAAUCUGAAAAGCAAAGCGUUGGACGAGAAAAAAGAUAUGAUUUGGGACGAGCUUAAGAGGUUUUUUAAUAUACCAGGUGAGCGUAAACGCUACAUACUUAGUUUGGCCGGAAAAAGAUAUAGAGGGUGAUAAGCUUUUAUAACAAACACCUAUCUUAAGGAUAAAGAUGGAAACUUUCUUGAAGAGGCACCGGGACGGCCAAAAAAAUAUGAGCUCUUCAUUAAUGAUGAAGAUUGGGCUGGGUUUUUAGAGCAAAUAGAUGAAGCUUUUCGGAAAAGGAGUGCCACAAAUAGUGCGAGAGCAUCAAAACCCGCGUAUCCAUACAAAAAAGGGUGUUUGGGAUAUGCACGCUUAGAGGAAAAAAUUGUAAGUAAAUAGAAAUGCGUUUUAAUUAAUUGUCUAAAUGUGUUUUA